UUGGAGGCCUCGAGCCAAAGGCCGGAGCUCGGAUAUAAAAGCUCGAUUAUCUUAACCCGACGGAGCUUUCGUUGCCGCUCCAUGAAGCGGCUGUCUUAACGAAACCCCCGUUCCGUUCUUCGCCCCUCCGAUCUCGUAGCUCCUUUGACCUCGCCCCUUCAUUUCCCUCGUUCAUUCGUCGUCGUCGUCGGUUUUGCUACGCAAAAUCGGUCGGAGAUCGACGAAACCGUAAUCAGAAGCGACUCCUGGGAGAUGGUAAAGGGAAGAUUCAUCGCUUCAUAGGCGGAGAAUCUGGCGAGUCCAUGACGGCAAUAGGCGAACCCUAGGGGGCGGCCAUGGAGUUACCGCCAUUGGAGAAGCUACGGGAGAGUCGGACGGAGAUGGAGGAAUUGGGGUUGAGUCUCGUGCCUAACCCCUCGCCGUGGCUCGAGAUCCGGCUAUUUUACGUGCGGAUCUCGCCCUGCUGCGUCGAUCUCGCGCCGGAGCAGCUGUGCCUGCGGACACUCCCCCGGCCGAUUGGCGCCCUCCUUGAGAUAAACGGGGUACGGAUCCCACCGUCGGAUUCUGCGGCGCUUAGCCUUCGCAGGGAUCGCCUUGAUCGGGGCUCUGCGGAGGUUACCUACGUGAGCACGGACGGCGUCAGGAUCGCCGGGGAGCUUGGGUUAGAGGUCUUGGACUCGAACGAUGAUCUGAUUCUGUGUGGCUCCUUGGAGAGGGUGGAGGCGCAGUGGGGCGAAAUGGAGACACCGAGGUUGGAGAAGGACGGGAGGACAGGCUGGAGCAUGGAUUGCUACUCUGCCGUGGCAUCGCCGCGGUCUGGUUGUCCGUUUCUUCGAGGGGCUGCCACGACGCCUUCGAUCGAGGUCUACCUUGCGGGAUGCUGCUCGGGUUUCCCGCUGAUACUGACGAAGACGAUCCCGCUGGCUUCCAGGAAGAAGGUAGUCCGGCAGGGGGCACUGGAGUCCAUUCCGGAGGAAGAGGAGACGGGGGUGCAGCAGACGGGAAGCAUCGCGUUGUUACGUCAGAGGGCGUUGCAGGUAGCAAAUGAGAGAAUGGAUGCUUAUGAUUCUGAAGACAAGAUUAGCCACAGUUUUUAUACUGGAGAUGUGUACUCUGAAGACAAUGGAGAACUGACAUGGUUUAAUGCUGGUGUACGGGUUGGUGUUGGCAUUGGCCUGGGAAUGUGUCUUGGCAUUGGGAUUGGUGUUGGACUACUCAUGCGUUCCUACCAGGCUACAACCCGGUCCUUCAAAAGGAAAUUUUUCUAGCUGUGUUGAGAGGCCAUGCAGCAAAAUAGCAACAGCCGGGAGCCGCCGCUAGUGGUGGCACUUAACUGCCUGGAGGACGUGGGAAUGGAGGAGGAUGGACUCUCGGGCGUCGCCCUCGUCGAGCACGUCGGCCUCAACCGGCUUGGUGACGGACGGAUCGAGUCCGCCUCCGCCGUCCUCCUCCACUCCCUCGCCUUCCUCCCCCGCGCGGCUCAGCGCCGUCUCCAGCCCUGGCAGCUCAUCCUUUGCCUCGGCUCCUCCGACCGCGCCGUCGACACCGCGCUCGCCGCCGAUCUCGGCCUCCACCUUGUCCAUGUCGACACAAGCCGCGCCGAGGAGGUGGCCGACACGAUCAUGGCGCUUAUACUCGGCCUCCUACGUCGGACGCACGCCCUUGUUAAGCACGGCUUCUCGUCGUCCGGCUGGCUUGGCUCGAUCCAGCCGCUCUGCCGUGGAAUGCGCCGGUGCCGAGGACUAGUGCUCGGGAUCGUCGGCCGGUCCGCGUCGGCGUGCUGCUUGGCCACCAGGAGCCUCGCCUUCCAAAUCAGCGUUCUCUAUUUUGACCUAAAAGAGGACAAAGGAAAAUCAUUUCGUCCUUCGUUGUGCUUUCCUCCUGCUGCUCGAAGAAUGGAUACUCUUAAUGAUUUAUUGGCAGCAAGUGACCUAAUCUCCCUUCAUUGCGCACUGUCCAAUGAAACCGUCCAGAUCAUCAGCGCAGAUUGCUUACAGCAUGUGAAACCUGGUGCGUACAUUGUUAAUACUGGGAGCAGUCAACUAAUAGAUGAUUGUGCACUGAAACAACUUUUGAUUGAUGGAACUAUUGCUGGCUGUGCAUUGGAUGGGGCUGAGGGACCACAAUGGAUGGAAGCAUGGGUAAGAGAGAUGCCAAAUGUGUUAAUACUGCCCCGAAGUGCAGAUUAUAGUGAGGAAGUGUGGUUGGAAAUAAGAGAUAAAGCUAUAUCAAUAUUGCAUUCAUUCUUUACUGUUGGAGUUGUCCCAAAGGAUGCGGUGUCUGAUGAGGCCGAAGAGGCUGAAUCUGCAGUUGCUGAUGAACAUUCUGAGAAAACCGCAAGAGAAACCUCUGUAUUGGAUUGCGGCAGUGAGCUAAUAACUAGUGACAACAAUGCUCACUCAGGAAUUGUCCAGAAGCAGGAGUAUGAGAUGGAAAAUUCUCAUGCUGAAUGUCAGGAUUCUGCCUUAUCUCAGGUUGCCGUCACUAGAUCUGAUGGAACACAUGGAAGGUCAGGUAAGAAAGGUAAGAAAAGACCUGCUCGUCGCAAAUCCCAACAAAAGCAUGGCGAGUCUUCUGCAAUGGAGAGAGACUACAAUUUUGCAAUACAGAGGGAGGAUGAUACUGCUAUAAGUGGAAGGGAACAAGCUCCUAGUUCUAGUUCACGUUUUGGUUCCCCUGAUGAGUCCAGAAGUAGGAAUGCUGGUACUAUGGAAUUAGCUAUGGAUGCAACUCCUGACAAGCAUGCAGUUGUACGUACAGAUCUGAGGCAGCCUAAUCAGCUGCUGAAGGAUGACUAUGUUAUUGCGUUGCAUGCAAGGGACCGACCUGGGUUUCAUAUAUCCCGGCAAAGAGUACCGGGUGGUGGAUGGUUUCUGGAUACUAUGUCCAAUGUGACAAAAAGGGACCCUGCUGCUCAAUUUCUAGUGGUCUUGAGGGGGAAGGAUACGCUUGGAUUGCGAUCUUUUGCUGCUGGUGGGAAACUCCUUCAGAUCAACAGGAAGAUGGAAUUUGUAUUUGCAAGUUAUAGCUUUGAUGUUUGGGAAAAUUGGACUUUGGAAGGGUCAUCGUUGGAUGAAUGUCAGCUCAUCAACUGCAGAAAUCCAUCUGCUGUGCUGGAUGUGCGUAUUGAGAUUUUGGCUGCAGUUGGUGAAGAAGAUGGUGUUGCUCGCUGGCUCAACUAGCUCAGGAAUAUGGUUGGGGAAGCGAGACUUGCCAGCAUCUUAAGUUUUUCUUCCUGUGCUUUUUCUCGUCCACUUUGUACAGCAUUCAAUUUUGAUCUGUCUAGGUUGUUCUGCUGUUGUAUUCCUCUUGUAGUUAUUCGGAGUGGCACGAGGUGUAUAUGGAUAUGCAUCAUGCCUCAGUUUUUUGUAACUCUUGCUUUCCCUUGUGGAUCGCUGCCCCUAGGUCCUUGUAGGCUUAUGAUCUUCACAUGUUUAUUUUCAAUGCAAAAGCAUGCACGCGGCUCGACUCUUAA